AUGGAUAUAUUACCAAGCGUUGACAUCUUCAGGGAGCUACAAGACAUCCACGAUACUGGAUAUUUUUCAGCUAGACCUUCUCUGGAUGAUCAUUGGCAACAGACAUGUUACGAAAUGGAAAGGUACCUGAAGGACGAACCCAAAAUGAAGUCCUACAAAAAACUUCCUUCGGAUGUGGAACGAACGUGGUACGGCUACGACUAUAAUGACAACCAUUUUGACGCUUUUAGUACGGCCAGUUCGCCCAUGUCAUGGGAUGGUGCCCUAUCGUGCGCCAUAUUGGUCAAGCAAGAGCCCAUCGACGAUGAGGAAGAAGAAGACGACGACGAAGACAGCGACGUGCAGUUGCGAUUGUCGUCGCGAAACCCCGCCACCCUAACUCCUCCCUCUAGUCCGGAAUCGGGCCAGGGGGGGCUCAGCAACGAAAGCUCGAGCGCGAGUGACUUGGACGUUUGCGGACUGCGCAUCUCGAACCGGAACACGAUCGUUCGGGUUCGGGCUUCCGGUCUGACGCGCUACAUCUCGGUGGUGCCCUCUAGGCCGCCAACGGUUAGUAAUAGUAAUUCUAGUGGUAGUAUAACGACGUCUUCGACGCCGCAAAAGCAUCAUUCCCGUUUGGACCAUUCGCCCGAUUCCAAAAGGCGGAUACACAAGUGCCAAUUCCUCGGAUGUAAGAAAGUUUAUACCAAGAGCUCGCAUUUGAAGGCGCAUCAAAGAACGCAUACCGGCGAGAAGCCCUACAAAUGCUCGUGGGACGGUUGCGAAUGGAGAUUCGCGAGGUCCGACGAACUCACCCGCCAUUACCGCAAACACACGGGCGCCAAACCGUUCAAGUGCCGCCAUUGUGACCGAUGCUUUAGUCGUUCCGAUCACUUGGCGCUACACAUGAAGCGGCACACCUAG